AUGCGGGCCACAGUGGAAAGCGGCAUCCGGCGUGGUGGUCACUGUUCGCCAGGUUCCGGCACACCCCCCGUCGUCGGUACGCUCGACCACCGGCCAGCCACAGCGGACGCCCUCGUCUUUCCUAGGAGUGCCACAACGUCGCCGACGCGGCAGGGCACGACCUGGACGCUCGGGUUCGGGCUAUCCCCGCUCCUCGACGGCUCCACCUCUGUCACCACGGGAGGGCGACUCGACCUGGGUGAUGAAGGUGGCGAGGGCCACGGCGAGGAGGACGUCAAUGCCGUGGGCCUCGCGGGAGCAAGAUCCGCGCUCGACCUUGUCCCCGUCGAGUUCCCAUCGUCCGUGGCACAAGCUCUACUCGCGGCCAACCAUAACGGACACCGCUGUCUCUCCACGGAGUGCCACACCGUUGCCGACGCGGUGGGGCACGGCUGCACGGCCGGGGCGCUCGGGCUCCGCCCCUUCCUCGGCACACCCGCCCGCUUCCUCGUGGGCUCCAUCUCGGGCGCGACUGGUCUCCGAGGCAGAGUCAUGGUCGGCGCGCUCGACAUGGGAGAUGGAGACGGCGAGGGCGAGGAGGACGUCACGGAGGAGCUCAGGUUUCAGGAUGCUCAUCGACAUAUACAGGCCGUUCUCCACUUGAUUUAUGUCAGGAGUCGAAUCAAAACUGUGGUUCACUGUUCACAUUGGGUCUUCUAUCUGCUGGUAAAAGAACUCAGAGUAUGCUCGACGCGAUCGGACACAUCGAUCCAACGGCGCCGGUGUACCAUUGGAAAAUCAAUAGGUGUGAUGCUGUAUUGCGGGAAGUCGUGGGAGAAAAUCUUUACAAGGAAGUGAUCGUCGCAUCGCCAAGGGAGGACGAAGGCGAUUUUGGCUGCAUCGUCAUCUGUGGGAAUGAAGUUCUUCACGGAGUUGCCAACUUCAUGG